AUGGCGUGGUUUCGGUACGAUCUUCUGGUCUCAACUGUGAUUCUCUACGCCACAUAUCUUAUUGCAAGAAGAGUAAGGAGAGAAAACCAAUUCAAAAAUUUCGCCCUUAAAAAUGGCUGCGAGUUACCGUCUCAUUCCGCGAGCAGGUUGCCAUGGGGUCUGGACCGAAUGUACAGAAUGGUCAAGCUCACAGGGCAACAUACAGAUGUGUUAGAAGCUCUCAUCAUGCCGAGUUUCCAAAAACACGGCUGGACGCACUCAUCCAGUGGUCUCUUGGGCAAGAAGUUCUUCCUCACAGCCGACGCCGACAACGUUCGAGCAAUUCUGGCAACUCAGUUUAAGGACUUCGUCACUGGGCCCAAUCGAGCUGGAGCUUUUGGGUACUUUGUAGGUAAAAGUAUCUUCACAAGCGAUGGACCUUUCUGGGAGCAUUCAAGAUCACUAUUCAAACCACACUUUGCCACUGGACAUAUCAACGAUCUCGAAGCCACAGAAAGAUCUUGCCUCGACAUGUUUGAAGCCAUCUCAGCUCGAAAGAAUGGGCAAUGGACCCACCCUCUUGAUCUGCAGGCCCUUUUCUUGCGCUUCACGCUUGACAAUGGCAUGGAAUUUCUGUUCGGAGCUAAUGUCCGAUCCCAAUUAGCUGCUAUACCUGGCGCAUCUACAAUUUACCAAUUGGACGAGGUGACAAGAAUGGCAGCCGAUACAGCAGGAGCGGAUAUGGGCUUUACGGAAGCAUUCCACGUCGCCUCCCUCCAGGUAACAAAGCGAGCUAAGCUGCAAAGUCUGUACUGGCUGGCAGAUUCUAAAGAAGGCCGGAAAGCAGUGAAGUACUUGCAGAAAUUUUGCGAGUACUUGGUGAAUGCCACACUUCAGGCAUCCGAGCAGACAUCUGCGAACGAGAGAACAAAUCCACCACAAGCGAAGAAACAAACUCUUCUAAAGGCUCUGGCAAAAGAUACGCACGAUCCAAUUGAGCUUCGAGAUCAAGUCCUUUUUAUGCUCACGGCAGCCAGAGAUACCACUGCCGCGCUCCUCAGCUGGAUGUUCCUCAUGCUCGCCAAACACCCUCCUGUCUGGGAAAAGCUGCGUGAAUCAAUCAUCAAGGAUUUCGGCACCGAGAAAGCCCCCAAAGGCGUCCUGACUUUCAGCUCACUAAAACAUUGCACGUACCUGCAGAAUGUCAUGUUUGAGACUCUCCGACUGUACCCACCUGGACCUCUGAAUACGAGAAUGGCCGUCAGAGACACAACAUUACCUGUUGGCGGCGGAGACGAUGGGAAAAGUCCCAUUGCAGUCAGAAAGGGGGAAACGGUUAAUAUCUGCGUAUAUGCGAUGCAAAGGAGGACGGAUCUGUGGGGCGAAGAUGCGCUGGAAUUCAGGCCGGAGAGAUGGGAGGGACGGAAAAUGGACUGGUCGUUCUUACCAUUUUCCGGGGGUCCAAGGACGUGCAUGGGACAGCAAUAUGCGCUUACCGAGGCGGGCUAUUUGACUGUUAGAUUGUUACAACGAUUCGACGGGAUUCAGGCAGUGGAGGGAUUGGAUGUUAUUGAGCAGUUUGUUACGGUGACUUUAGAACCAACCAAAGGGGUCAAUGUUCGGUUGAGGGAGGCAGCCAGCUCUGUUUGCUGA